GUCUACAGCAACACAGGUAAUGCGCAGUAUCAUUUCUGGUGUUUCUAUGCGAAGAAAAAUGGCGGUAAAAUUUGGUUACAGUGUUCCUAUGGCUAUUUUUAUCAGCGCAGCUCCGAUCUUGGUCUCACUCUGCUUGACUAUUGUAGUCGUAGUCAUUUUUGAGAAGCCAGAUGCCAUGUCAGUGGUUCUUGCUGUCAUAAAAGCGGGUAUACCUGCCACAAUUACGAUUGUUUUCCCUGUGUAUUUUGUACAAAUUCAAACGGAAGGAGCUAGUCGUCAGUCCCGAUUCAGUGAAUGGAACCAGUGGUUUUUCUUCUACAUUUGCUCGCAUUUUAUUGUCAUCACAAUCUUAUGGAGAGGAGAUCAUGACAAGGUCACACUAAUUAUAGGACUCUCACUUAUGCCAUUAUAUCUUAUACUUUGUGGUAUUGAUAUGGUGGACCAUGGUUUGUUGCCAUAUUGUCCAGCGAUAGUAGAUAUCUACGAUGGGAUUGAGAUGUACUAUACCAAAUUGAAUCCAACAAACCCGGAGUGGGUGCAAAUCACGAUUUUUUUGGCUGUUAUCAUGUUCUACAUUCCUUCAGUCAUGGAAAUAUAUCAUCUAAAAUUUCCUGAAUUGAAAAGUGGAUCGAUGUCGUCUGAACGAAAAGUUAAGCUCUCUCAGUUCGUUUGCAGUUGUAUUUUCCUCGUUGUUCGCAUAAUGUUGUAUGCGUAUAAGCCACACGAGAUUAUUUUUGCUGCCAAGACUUUUAUAAGAGUGUACUGCCAUUACAAAGCAUGGUCAAAUAUGAAUUCUGCACGACAGAGUGUUUCAAUUCAGGCGACCGGAAUCUCGACAGAAAAAGCCUUGUCCCUCGUCAUUGAAGGUCCAAGCUUGUAUUAUAUGAAUACAGGGAAAUCAGGCGGCAAAACACAGAGAUGCUACGAAGUUCCCCUAACUUGCAGCAUAAACAUAAACAUAACCACAUACACCUAAUGAGCUUUAAUUAAAAGGGAAACAAAACAUACAUUCCAAAAGAAACUAUUUCCGCUUUGUCUUGUCAUGGUCAGUAUUUCUUUUGUAAUUGUACAGUCUUGUACAUAAUUAUCUCACUCGUGUAAAGCAAAUUUUAUUGUUGGCUACAAGAAUCAUUGAACAUUGAAGCCGAUCGAGAUCGAAAGAAUUAAUACUGUUUAAUUAAGGAUUUAAAAUAGGGAAUGCAAGGUAUUAUUAAUAGCAAUCAGCUAGAAAAUACAAUCCAUUAAACUCAACAUGUAUAUAUAUGUAUGCAUGGAUGCAUGUUAAAUGGUCUGUGCCUGUAGGUAAUGCCAAUAAAAAGAAAGUUUUGUAUUGAUAGAGAUACAAUUACCUUAGCCUGCGUGGCAGGCCCUCAAUUUUAUGGGGGGGGGGGCUGAUUUGCAGCUGGCAGAGAAUCCUCCCCCGUGCCCGCCAAAAUCCUGCCCGCUGCAAAUCAGGCUUCCUAUAAAAUUGAGCAUUUGAGGGCCUGGAAGAUACAAUUACUGGAAAAAUACAAGAUAACUAAGUUUAAGUGACUAACUAAGUUCACUGACUUCCGACGAAGGGCCUUCGCUCGAAAGGUCGAAGUUCUCCUUGUAUUGUUCUGGUAGUUGUAUCUAUAUUAAUCUGAGGCUUUCUUAUAUGCAUGCAUCUAUGGGCGAUAGUUUUUCAUGUUGGAUUCUUUUAUGGCGUGUGUAUGUUUAUGUUAACCCAGGCUUUCCAUAUGAUGUGAAAAUGUAGACGAGUUUGCCCGGAAUUUGAUAUUUUUAACAUACAUCUAUAGAAUAGGGUUCAAGAGGUUGACUCCAUGUCAAUAUUGGUAUU